GAAUUGUGGUCUUGUCUGGCGCUGGCAUCUCAUGCUCGUGCGGGAUACCAGAUUUUCGCUCUGCUGACGGACUCUACGAUUUGGUCAAACAACGCUACCCGGACAUAUUCGUAAAGGGACAUGAGCUCUUCGACGCCUCGGUCUUUCGAGAUCCCUUGUUAACCGCAGCAUUUUACACUUUCAUCGCACAAUUGAAGCAACGCAUCGACCGGAGUGCGCCCUCCCCCACUCACAAGUUUCUCAAAACAUUAGACACAAAGAAGAAGCUCCUACGCUCCUACACUCAGAAUAUCGACGGUUUCGAGGAGCGAGUGGGCUUGCUGGGAAGCUCUAGUGACGACGCGCGUGUAGCAUAUUCGAAUGGCCGGUCGAACUUUAGAGGGAAAGACGUGCGAAGCAUUCUGCUGCAUGGCGAUAUUCACCGCGUACGCUGCACACUCUGUUCCACCGACCUUCCCUGCACGUUAGAUCAUAUCGGCAUGUUCGACAAGGGCGUAGCACCCGACUGCGUUGAAUGCAAGGCUCGCGCUGAUGCGCGAGUCGCUGCCAACAAGCGUUCGAUCAAGGUCGGGGUCCUUCGCCCUGCCAUUGUCCUUUACAACGAGCCUCACCCUCUCGGAGACGAAAUUGGGGCCAUCCAAGCCAUUGACAUCGGGAAGAAACCUGACCUUCUUCUCAUCAUGGGUACGUCGCUCAAGGUCCCUGGAUUCAAGAAAAUUGUCAAGUCGUUUGCAGACGUUGUCCACGCA